AUGUCAAUCACCUAUCCUUCUCUUUCUUCACUUUCCUCUCAACUAGUUUCCAAUGUGGCAGUACUCAAUCUCUUCACAGUGGUCACAAAGCGAAGGAACAUUAAGCGGAUGAACUCGGUACAAAACUGGUACUUAACUGAACCUCUCCAAAACCAUCAAGAAUCCUUCUCCUCUCUCCUCUCUACAAACCCUUUUGGCUUGGACCCAUUUGGGCUCACCGCUCCCCUCAGCUUCACUGAUCUAAACCCAACAGCUCAAUUUCAGACAACCCAUUUGCAUGAAACUGGUUUUCAAGCGUUUGAAACCCCUAAAUUUGUUAGUGGGUCCAAGAUUUUGAGGCCUGCUGAGGCUAAUCCUUCGAUUGGUGCUCAACCCACGCUGAUUGGAGAGGAGAAUGAGGAAGAGGGGGUUGAGGAUGGGAGCUUUGAUGGGUCUGGGUUGAAUUGUGAGUUUGAGGAGAAUGUGAAGAGUUUGGAGAAUAAUGAGAGUCAUGAGAGCAGGAGGAAGAGGAACAGAGCGGCUCCGGCGAAGAAUCUGAUGUCUGAGAGGAGGAGGAGGAAGAAGCUGAAUGAUAGGUUGUAUAUGCUGAGAUCUGUGGUGCCUAAAAUCAGCAAGGUGGUGAAUUAAUGGAUUCUUGGAAUUUAUGCAUGGUGGUUUAAAAAUUGGCGAGUGCCAAUUUCUGUAGCACAAAAUCCCAUUAUCCUAGCAAGCGAUAUGUCACUUUAAUCUUUGUAAUUUGAUAAUAUACGUCAAUUGUUAAAUGAGAGCGUUGCUAACACCUGUUAUAAUUUUUA